AUGGGCCACGAGAUCAGGGUCCACGUCCAGGAGAAGCAGAAGGAGGUUCUGGGGAGCGCGGACCCGUACAGCUGGGUUUUCGGCUCCGACAAGUUCGGGGCCUGGCACGAGGGCGUCACCCGGACCCUGUGGUGCCGUGGGGCUCCCGGAGCCGAGAAGCCGGUCCUGGCCGCUUCGGCGUAUGCCCACAUGGCCGAGCGACACAAGGGACAGAACGCGGCGGCCACGAUCGCCUUUUGCAGCUUCGAUAGCGCCGAGUCCCAGACGCCGCUGAACAUCAUGGGGUGCUUCCUCAGGCAGGCGCUGCAGGCCAGGGGCGUCGGCCUUCUAUCCGAAUGUCUUACCCUUGGCGAGCUGAAAAAGACAAGAGAUGGACUAUCAGGCAGUCUAGAUAAGACAUACGAAGAAGCGCUGCAUCGUCUGCAGCAGUCCCUCGGCGAGAAGAGGUGGAAGGCAGUCAGGAGGCUUCUGCACUGGGUAGCCUGGGCGGCGCGCCCUCUGGCUUGGUGGCUGCUCUUUGUUGACGACGAGAACCUCGUGCGCGUGAUCCAUCCGACGACAGAUGGCUUCCUCUCACAGAGGAGGCAUGUGCUCUUCCCCGACGGCGACACAAUGAUCGCGCACGCUUGCCUACACUACCUCCAAAUGAGCUGCAUCCAAGGCAGAGGGCGGAGGCUGCUGGGAGCCCCGUGGUCAGAGGGCAGCCUUAGAUACCGAGAGUUAUGCCUCGAGUAUCCUUUCCUCAAAUACGCAACCGCAUUCAUGGCGGUCCAUGUUCAGCGAAGCCCGCACGGGGACGCAGACAUGCGAGCAGCGGCAUUUCUGCUCUCGGAUGCGCGAAGGCUUCUCUCCCAGGGCUUGCUCUAUCUCAACCAGACCUGGGAGCUACAGGACGAUGGCACCGCCUCGCAUGUCACAGCACACCUAAGCUUUACAGAGGUCAUCUCGCAGCUGCUAGCAAAAGGCGAGCCCAUGGAUUCCCAGGACCGACUUGGAAGGACGCCCCUCAUGUGCGCUCUGGACUCGCCGCCAGAGUUUCGCGCGAACAGCGCGGCCACAGCAGAGUAUCUCCUAUCAGCCGGCGCGGAUGCGAGCGCGGUCUGUAAGCGUGGCUGGACGGCACUGGCCCGAGCUCUGAAGUGGCAGCAAGGUGAAAUCGUCGAGCGCUUGCUGCAGCUGCCCGGCGUGGGCAUCAACGCCACGCCAUGCGGCACAAUCCCGGCUCUUUCGUUCGCGGUCCGCGGGUCCAACAAGUCCGUUGUGCAGAAGAUGCUGGCCAGGCCCGACAUCGACGUCAACCUAGUGGACCCCUAUGAUGGCUUCACCGCGCUGCGCCACGCCAUUCUCGAGAAGGAUGUCGAGACCUUUGACAGCCUGGUGUCCAGAGAGGACAUUGCACUAGGCACUAUCGAUCUAUUUCGCGCCCGGACUCCACUGAUCCUCGCUGCCGACGCUGGGUUUGUCGAGGGAGUUGGGAGGCUCAUAGACAAGGGUGCUGAUAUCUAUCACUUGGGUUAUCAACAAGGCAAAGCCCUCAUGUGCGCUGCCAGCAGGGACUAUGCGGGUGUUGUCUGUCUUCUGAUCAGCCGCGGUGCCGGCAUACAUCGGCGCGACUGUCUCGGAAGGACCGUCCUACAUUCAGCCUCGGCCAACAACGCCUGGGCUGCACUCGAGGUUCUCUUGUCAAGUCGCGAUAUCGACAUCGACUGUCAAGGCGAGCAUGGAGAGACGGCCCUUCAUGACGCCUGCAAAUCCUCCGACGCGACGGGGGCGCGGAUACUGAUCGCGGCCGGGGCUCGAUGCGAUAUCCGAGACUCGCAAGGGCUGACGCCGCUGGAUAUCGCUGCCAGUAAUGGAGGAGGCGAGACAGCCGAGUCCCUCAAGGCGUCAAGCAUCUACAAGAACACGGUGCGAGACGGCACCAGCAAGUCCUUGUGUAAGGCGGUGAGGGUGGAUGCACUAGAGGCACUGUGCAGCAGAAUCGCGGCUGCCAACGUCGACGAGAUCAACACGGCCGACACGCCAUAUAGCGGCACGCCCCUGGCGGUCACCUGCGAGUUCGGCCGGCCCGACGUGGCCACAAUGCUACUAGACGCCGGGGCGGACCCGGACAAGGCCGACGCAACGAUCUCGUACCUCAAGGCCCUCGUCGUUCACCACCCCAAGGCCAAAGAGAACUGGUCGCUGCAUCGGGGUGGGCCUGUUCCCAUGGACUGGGCCGACGAGCAGAAUCCCAUCACCAUCUGUCAAUCGAGGAACGACGACUACUUCAAGACAUUCUCCCAGCACACCGCCGCUAUCGUCGAGGUGAAGCCGUUUCUACGGGCCCGGGGUGGUGCCGGAUCCUGGAUCCAGUGCUCCCACGGCAGGCCGUGUACUGAUCAGGUCAACUACCAAGUAUUCCUCCUAUUAAAAACGAUGGUUGUUUACCACUUUGCAGGUGUCCUCUGAAGCUACUAACAUGAGUAUCAAGGUCCUAAUAAUACUUGGGUUAAUGUUGAGGCUUAUAUCGCUUCUGGCCGUGGCAGUGGAUGGAAUCCAGACAAAAGUUUACAUAUUUGAACAGGAAGCAGGACUUGAUGAAAUUCCCCAUCGAGAGAAUGAGUGGCACUGUUAGUAAAAUAGGUGAUAAUAAUGAUAAUCGCUAAAAAUGUCGAAAAUAAAAUACAAAUCAUAGGAGUGGA